GUUGGUGGCGCGUCCCGAAGUAGGGACGACAACAAUGAGACCUUAGCAGACUUUUGCGAUAUCUGACCAUGCUACCAUGGACAACCUUGGAAGUCUACAGGCGACGCAUGCCCAUGCUGCUAGGGCAGAUAUCGCCUUGAGAAAGACAAUAUCCUUCUCCAUCAUCACCAGUGCGAUUCUACGCUUCAAUGCUCCCACCACCGUAUAAUGUGUGAGCCGUUGUUGGCCGGUGUUUGGUUGACUACACAUUUGAGUUCAACCAACACUUGAUCGUCGUCUUCAAGAGCCGCAGGUGGGGCUCUACGUUACGGCAAUGACGGAAGCAAGCCCCAUACCAUCGUCAUAAGUUCAUACAUCGUUGCUUCUGAACACAACCCCUCCUAAAACUCCCCGCGAUACUUCAGAAUCCCCUCAUCCCCAUAUUCUCAGCCGUCUCUUCCAUUGCAUCACUAAAAUGUCGUCUCAAGCCAGCUCUGAACCCCUCCAAAUUUACGAGAUAUCCGACUUUAAGUUCCAAAAUGGCUCUACACUACCAAAACUCAAAGUGGCUUACAAGAUCCUCAACCCGCACAACAGCAAGAUAGCAGUUGUUCACACGUGCUUCAAGGGUCGUAUUGACACAACCCUCACGCACGCCGACGCCGCUCUGAAGAACCAUAAGAUCAUCCUCAUCGCCCUUCUUGGCAAUGGCGAAUCUUCUAGUCCGUCAAACACGCCCAGCUUUCCCAGUACCAUCGAAUACAUGGAUUGCAUCAACGCUCAGUACCCUCUCCUUACCCAAGAACUUGGUAUCAAAGAAGUGGACGUCAUGCUAGGAUUCUCGAUGGGGGGCCAGAUCACUUAUCAUUGGAUAACUGCCCAUCCUGAUUUCGUCAAGCACGCCGUAAUCGUCUGCUCAUCGGCCCAAACAAGCAGACACAACUACCAAUUCCUCGAGGGGCCAAAAGCAGCACUGGAGAAUGCAAAGAGCCCCGAAACGGGUCGUAGGGCAUUCGCAAAAGCGUACUCGGCAUGGUUAACAAGCGCCGAAUGGUUCGAUGAAGAAUGUUACAAAGCAAUGGGCUUCCAGCAACUGCGGGACUGGGACGACAACGUCACGAUACAAGGCUAUGAAAGCUGGAGUGGUGACGAUCUCAAGGUUAUGUUGGGAAUGUGGCAGCGUGGGGACAUGACUCGAUGCACCAAAGCAGGAGACCUUGAGUCGGCACUAAAAGGUAUCAAGGCAAAGGUUUUGCUGAUGCCCUGUGAAACAGACCAGUAUUUCCGGCCAUAUGUCAGCGAGAGAGAAGCCAAGAGUUUGGAAGAUGUAACGGUGGAGAUUAUCCCGAGUAUCUGGGGACAUAUUGGAGGUGGCGGGGCGAACCCGAAAGAUGUGGACUGGAUGGAUCAUCGCAUCAAGCUGUUUUUGCGGGGUUUGGUCUGAUGUUGACAGAUCACGUUGAAGAUGAGCAUGUUUCAAGCACAUUCGUCGUUACAAGGCUGUAGAAGCUUGUCAAGAUGGAAUGACCUAUACACGUAAUACCCAACGUAGUCGAAACGAGCCUUAAUCAGAUAUGAAGGUUGUGUUAAAAGAAAUAACCGUUGCGGUGCAUAGGCCCAAUUUUGUUACAAGGCUUAAUGU